AUAUGGAGCAGGGCAGCUCGAUGAUAACACAUGAGGGGGACGCCAGCUGACAGUAGGAGGAUUUCAAGUCAGACGGGAAUUAUACUACAGGUCAGUGAGAAGCAAACCAGCAGAUGCAGUAGACGGCUGGCGCCAUGGCCUCAGAUGCAAGUCACAUGUUAGAAGCAGCCUUGGAACAAAUGGAUGAUAUUAUUGCUGGUUCCAAGGCUGUGGUGGGGUUCAGUAAUGGGCUGUAUGAUCUGGGCACUCCUGUGAGUUCCGGGCCCCUGCCGGUUCUCCAGCUGGCUGAGGAGCUGAGACUGGCACUGGAGCUGCAGGUCGGGGACAAGGACCGCAACUCACUGCGCUCCCAGCUGCCCUGCACCACUGCACAGACCCUCAUGGACUGGCUGGAGAAAGGAUCGGUUAACCUCCAGUGCUCAAGCAACAAUGAGACCUAUCAAGAGCGGCUGGUGAGAUUAGAAGGGGACAAAGAGUCUCUGGUUCUCCAGGUGAGUGUUCUCACUGACCAGGUUGAAGCUCAAGGAGAAAAGAUUAGAGAUCUGGAAAGUUCCCUGGAAGAACACCACCACAAACUCAUUUCUACUGAGGAAAUGCUCCAACAGGAGCUCUUCAGCCGAACCUCACUGGAGACGCAGAAACUGGAACUCGUGGAUGAAGUUUCCUAUCUGAAACUCAAGCUAGUCGGCAUGGAGGAGGAACACAACCACAUUGCUGAACAGGAGAAACAUCAUAAAGCUGAGAGUGUGGUUAAUCUAAUUAGUGAACUACAGGAGCAGAUGUGUAAAUUCCAUGAGGAAAUCAGCAAUCGCAUCCAGGAGCAGCGAGCCCUGGAGAGUCUGGGGGACAGUGGCACACGUGAGGCUCUCGACCAGAGCCCCGAUGUGGGCCUUGGUGCCUCUGAUGCUGAGGAAUGCAGCUGCCGCUGUAGAAGUGGAGAAGAGAAUGUUUUGUUACAAGAGCUUCACAUUCUUAAGAGCAAGGUUGAAGACCUGGAGGGUGAGAAAUCACAAUAUGAAAGGAAGCUCAAAGCCACUAAGACUGAGAUUGGCAAACUCCAGCAGCUGCUUGCUACGAAGAAUGCUGAAAUCGUGUGUCUACAGAAUCAGCUUCUGUCCCAAAGAACCAUCAACAAUGACAUCACAGAGAGAGAUCAAGAGCUGCAGAGGUUAAAAACUGGAAUGGAGAUGCUAAUAGCUGCCAAUAAUGAAAAGGAUCGACAUAUAGAGAAACUCAAACUUCUGUUGGUCCAGUACAGAAAAUUGAAGGACAAAUUAGCCCUUUCUCAAGUGACCAAUGAUAUGUUGCUGUCUGACAGCAGUGAAGAGGAUCUUAAUGGCACUCGAAAAAUAAGAGCCCUGACGCAUAAAGCAUACUCUGACAUUGUCAGAUCAGAGCUACAGAUGUCUUCCCGAGGCCCGUCGCCACUCCUGGUCUCUCCUCCAUGUUUACAGAGGGAACUUGACUCCAGCUUUCGCAGUAUACAGCCCUCCAUGGAGACCUCGAUGGUAUCCAUUGGCCACUUGGGCUUUUACAGCAGACAAUGGUCAGUGCCACGGAUGCUGUCCACCAGCUUAGAAGAACUCCAAAGUGGAAGCUUACAGAUGCAUGUAGUGGGCCAACCGGUAGAGGCUGUUUUAGAGAACCGAUAUAAUCCUGAAAAUAACAAAUACCAGACACUUCCGGGCAAGUUUAGUCGUCCAGAGCAGAAUGGAGUGAGACUGCAGCCGUCUUCCCCAGCGCAACUGUCUCCUGAUGAAAGUGAAGGCAGCGAAUUCAACCUGAGAAAGGCAGAGAAGACAGAUGAUUCGACCUUGUCUGACCUCUCACCCAUGUCGUCUGGAGUAGAAUCAGGUCAGCAGUCUCCUGUUUCACCAGAGGACAAGAAGAACCAGAAAAGCAUUCAAAAACUGUGGGGAAAGAUCAGAAGAACACAGUCAGGCAGUCUUCCUGCAGACGGUUCUGAUUCUGACUUCAAGAGAGGGGGUUUCAGGGCCACGGCCGGCCCUCGACUCACCUGCCCGGGCACCAGUGCCUCAGCACGUGACAUGAAUGCCCCCUUCUCAAAAUGGUCAUGUGAUCAGGUGUGUGCAUGGAUGGAGGAGUUUGGUCUGGUUCAGUAUGUGAAUAUGGCCAGACAGUGGGUCACCAGUGGUCAGACUUUACUCUCCUCGCAGGACAUUGAGAAGGAGCUGGGAAUUAAACAUCCACUUCACAGGAAGAAGCUCCAGCUGGCUCUGCGCUCCUUCAGCACCAAAAUCACAGAGAAAUCCUCUGAACUGGAUCACAUCUGGGUCACACGGUGGCUGGAUGAUAUUGGUUUACCACAGUAUAAAGACCAGUUUAGUGAAGGACGUGUGGACGGAAGAAUGCUGCAGUACUUGACAGUGAAUGAUCUGCUGUUCCUGAAAGUCACCAGUCAGCUGCAUCAUCUUAGCAUCAAGUGUGCUAUCCACGUCCUACAUGUUAACAAGUUCGACCCCAGCUGCCUCAAAAGAAGACCUGGAGACGAGAAUAAGACAUCGCCUUCUGAGGUUGUUCAGUGGUCCAAUCACCGUGUGAUGGAGUGGCUCAGAUCAGUUGACCUGGCAGAAUACGCUCCCAACCUGAGAGGCAGCGGAGUGCAUGGAGGACUCAUAAUCUUAGAACCUCGUUUUAACUCAGACACACUGGCGAUGCUCCUGAACAUCCCCCCUCAGAAGACUCUUCUGAGGAGGCAUCUGGCCACUAAUUUCAACAUGCUGGUGGGCUCUCAGGCUCAGCAGGAGAAACAAGAGUAUCUGGAAUCAUCAGGCUACACGCCGCUAACCACCACCGCUAAAGUCCGGCCACGUAAAAUGGGUUUCUCCAGUUUUGGCCACCGUAAGAAGCGCACUGACGACUCCACUGACUACAUCUGCCCUCUGGACGCUUCACAAGCCCAGGCCCUGCUCAAUGGGGCCAACCGACCCUACAGCGGCUUCAGGGGCCUGAGCCCCAUCUUUGACAGGGACCCACAGAGACGGGAGCAGAACCCACGACAACCUCACAACCACACAGAUGCCAUUUUAUAACAUCCCAACAUCCCACAUUGACGGACACAAGACAGCAGUAUGGACACUGCAGGAAGACAUGGGUCUAAGGGUUUAGUAAUGUGAAUGACAUCAUCUCACAAAGGCAGCAGGGUUUAACAGAACACUUUUCCCAGAAUAGUGCCAUUUAUCCUGUGAUGGACAGUCGGAUACAUUUGAAUUUAUAUAUUUUUUUGUAAAUCGUAAAAAAAUGUUUAUUAUGAGAUUUAUCUAACAAGUAUUCAAUUUUUGUAACCUAACAUCUACUUUGUGCUGUUUUAAAAGACAGUGUGUACACUUUUGUGCAAUAUUUGCAUAUUAUAUGAAUUAAUUUAAUGGUAUAUUUAUGGUGAAUUUUUAAAAAUCAUACAGACUACUAUUAAAUCUUCAGCAGCAUAUUUUAAAUAAUCAGAUGGUUAUUUUCAUACAAUAAAAUGCACAGGAGUAUUUUUGUAGGUAGAAAUCUUGCCUCUUCAGUUGAAGAUACUGUAACGAUAUAUAACCCAAAAUAUUGUGACCUAAUCAAUAAACCUCCUCAAUCACAGUGAUAUUUGUUUGUUUUUUGUUUUGUUUUGUUUUUUGGGGGGGGGGGGUUUGGUUUUUCAAAUCUUUAUCAUUGUCCUUUGAAAUUUCUUAUUUUUUUCUUGAUGAAUGUUCUUUUGGCUGUAAAUGAUUUCAAAAAUAAAUCAUCUUGCAACAAAUGUUUACUAACAAA